AAUCAUGAAAGAGAGAUGAGAAAGACAGAAAAAGAGAGAGAGAAGAAGUACUUCUCAGACUAAGCGGUUUACUGUGUCUCUGACUUCGAUGCAUGCAAGAUGAACAACAAGAUGAUGAAAUAAUUUCUUUUGAUUAAACCAAAGUAGAAAAAAAAAAUGCAUAGAAAAGUUGUGUUUUUUGUUGCUGAUGUUCAUCACUGCAAAGUUUCUGCAUUUGGGUUUCUCUCUGAUUGAAAAAAAUAUCACAUUUAUUGGAAAUUGAAACCAACACUCUAUUUGAUACUAUUUAACUGAGUUGCAAAAAUUGUUAACGGAUUUGCGGAUUGUUUUGGCUAAAGAAGCAUUUAGUAAUCAUAGUAGAAUUGUAAUAACUCCUACUGAUAAUCCAUGCCGAAAUGCACGGAAGUUAACUGUUUGUGUAAGUUUUCUGAAUUUGAUGCAGCAAUAAAAUGCUGAUUUCGCCCUUUUAUGAGGGAUGAUGUACUAGGAUAACACUGAAGAAGAAGAAUUUUGAUCUCAUGGCUGAUUCUUCUUCCAAUCUCUCUUUACCUUCUGAUACAAUAAGCCCAAGACAAAUAAGCUCCUUAUUUUUUCACACCACUGGUUCUAGGGUGGGAGUUGGUGUUAAGAACUUACCGGAUUUUGAAUCCGCUUGGAGUCCUACAUCUCCUCUCGAUUGCAGACUCUUCUCGAAUCUUAGCAAUGUUUUUAGCGCUAAGUCUUCUAGACCUUCAUUCCAAACCGGUCAUAAGAAGCUGCAAGAUGGAAGUAAAGUAGGACUUGGGAUUAUAACUUCUCUUGUUAACGAAACCAAACCUAAUAAUGAGUUCCUUGGUAAAUUUCUGAGGAAAAAUAUAACUUUUGGAUCACAGAUGAAGAAUCACAUACUUCAAUUCUCGAAGAACAACCGUGAACCUCUUGCAUCAUUUUUGAAAACCAAUUCCUUGCCUAAAAACUAUGUCAUUUCACUUCCUUCCGAAAUCAAAAGUCCCAAAUCAGAAGUUGAAAACUUUGAUGAUGAUGUCAAUAGGGAAUCUAAAGGUCUCAGAAACACUGUGGCGUCUUUGCCCGACUCCUCGAGACCUUCUUCGUUAAUCAGUUCAAAUGAAAACUCUAAUUUGGGAAUCAAUGAUUUGUUUGUAGAAGAUACAUCUAUAGCCUUGAGUUUGCCUCCGGCGACAAACAGAAGUUUACAAAUUAACAAUCCUUUAAACAUCACAUCAAGUUCACUUCCACUAUCCAUUGAUUUCGGCAAUGGAUAUGUAGGUUCACUCUCUGCCAAGGAGAUAGAGCUUUCGGAAGAUUAUACUUGCAUAAUUUCUCACGGUCCAAAUCCUAAGCGAACACAUAUUUUUGGUGACUGCAUUUUGGAAUGUGACAACAAUGACUUUACUGAGUUCAUCAAGAACAAAGAAUCAGCUUUCGGAUCUUCUCAAGAAUCAGCACCUCGUCGUUUUGACAGUACUGUUAUGAACUUCUGUUACUCGUGCAAUAAGAAAUUAGACGAGGAGGAAGACAUUUAUGCUUAUAGUGGCGAGAAAGCAUUUUGCAGUUUUAAGUGUCGAUCGGAGGAAAUUUUGGCAGAAGAGGAAAUGGAGAAAACUUUCAAUAACUCAGAAAAGAGCUCUCCUAACUCAAGUUACCAUGACGAUAUCUUCCUCAUGGGUCUGCAAGUGUCCAAAUAAUAACAUGCUUUAUUAUGAAACUGUUUCGAAGGUAAAAGACGCAGACAAUUUUAUUUGCAGACCAUUGCCUAUGUGAAUUUGUUUUUGCUUUGGAUUUUGGGUUAUUGCUGUGCAAACUGCAAAGUAUGCUAUGUGUUAGUUGUCAAAAACCAAAUUUCAUGGUUUUGUAGCUAGGAAAAGAAAGAUUUUUCUCCAUUAUGAUAACUCAUAAACAGUUAUGUGAAUUGUAUGUUUAAUGGAUGAGUUGAAAGAGGCCACCGGGCCCUCUCUCGUUCAUAUUUGAUCGUCUAUCAUUGUUUUUUCACCUUUGUUUGUAUUCCAUUUUUGCUACUCUAAACUCGAUCAUAUUUCAUAUUUGCAUAAUGUAUAGUUUGAAUAUCAUGUGAA